UUUCAAACAUGUGAUUGCUAGCAUUUGGUGAAGAAAUCUAUUUAAUCACAAGCUCAACCUUCCAUUGUUACAUUCACCAUUUUCAUACCAUGGAAGCCUCCAACGCUAUGCCAUCAACAAGUUAUGGUCAAAAGAUCACUGUUUUAAGCAUUGAUGGUGGAGGAAUUAGGGGUAUUAUACCUGCAACUAUCUUGAGUUUCCUCGAACACAAGUUACAAGAACUAGAUGGAGAAGAUGCUCGGAUUGCAGAUUAUUUUGAUGUGAUUGCAGGAACUAGCACAGGGGGUCUAAUGUCAGCCAUGUUAACAGCUCCAGACGAAAAUGGACGUCCUCUUUUUAAAGGAGAGGAUAUUGCUCCGUUUUAUCUCAAACAUGGCCCCAUGAUAUUUCCUCAGAACAACUACAAGAGGAUGACGAUGAAAAUGAAUGCUCUAAUGAGGCCUAAAUACAAUGGGAAGUAUCUAAGGAAGACCAUUUGCAAGGUCCUAGGAGAUCGAAGGCUUCACCAGACUUUAACCUCUGUUGUUAUACCCACGUUCGACAUCAAAUUGCUUCAACCCACUGUUUUCACCACGUUUGAGGCAAAGAGGGAUACUUCUAAAGAUGCUUUGCUGUCGGAUAUUUGUAUUGCUACAGCUUCAGCUCCAACUUACUUUCCAGCUUACAGAUUUAAAACCCAAGAUUCUCAAGGAACUGACAGGGAAUUUCACCUUGUUGAUGGAGGGAUUGCUGCAAAUAAUCCAGCACUUCUAGCAUUGAAGCCAACAGGGUUAGCGUUUCCAGGUGACCAAGAAGAUGGAGUUACGGUUAAACGAGCACUUAACUAUGAGAAUUACAUGAUAAUUUCUCUAGGCACAGGAACCAGCAAGAUGGAGAAGAAAUACAAUGCCAAAACGGCAGAAAAAUGGGGAAUUCUUGGAUGGCUUUACAGUGAAGGAAGCUCUCCAUUAGUGGACGCUUUGACUUUUGCUGGAGCAGACAUGGUUGAUCUUCACAUGUCAAUGAUUUUCAGCUCAAUUAAAUCUGAGAAAAACUAUCUUCGGAUUCAGGAUGAUAAAUUAACUGGGGAUGCAUCAUCAACUGAUAAAGCUACUGAAAAGAACAUGAUGAGCCUUGUGGAGAUUGGUGAACAGCUAUUGCAGAAACCCGUUUCAAAAAUGAAUCUCGACACUGGGAUUUUCGAACCUGUUGACGAUGAAGGAACCAAUCAAGAAGCUCUCUCAAGAUUCGCGAAAAUGUUAUCCGAGGAAAGAAGACUCCGCAAAACAGAGAUAGCAAAGCAGCUUCAAAUAAUAUCAUCCUCUGCUGGAGUUUAG